AGUUCCUUACUAACUUGCGUCUAACUUAUGUUGCCCGCGGGCAUAUACACGUUACAUUGGCGCAUACUGCAAGACACCAUGCUCACUCUGCAACUUAACCAGGUAGUAACUUGUCCUUAAAUCAGUUUAUAUAUUAUAAAGUCAGCUGAGCUAAGUAAUGCUUCGCCGAGGCCAGAGAGUGUUUAUAUUUAUCGGUAUCUUGCUUUCGGCUUUAAAUAUCUUUAUAACUUGGAAAUCAUGUGUGACGUCAUCAGAGUUCUCGAACGCACAACAAUCACAACAAACACACGUCGAUGUAAUUCUCGAACAACUUCAAUUACAACAGAAUGAAUAUAAGGCGGUGCUUCACCUGGCUGAUGACGUCAUCAGUCGGUUAAAACGCGAAGCUGCAACGACAACAACGACGUCACAUACUCGUCUUUCUACGUCAACUGAAACAAUUCCCACAACAACCGAAACACAACGACCGGCCAGUCACAAUCUUGCACAGGAUCCUUACAUACGUAAACUAUUGAACGACGCCCAUGAACUACAGUUAACAUUCAGAGCAAGGUUUGGAUCUCCAAGCAACGAAUCGGAUCCUAAUUAUUAUGUCCAAUGGAUGAUCGACCAACAAAAUGCGUUGAUAAAUAACAUAGAGGAAUUUCGCGACCAAAACUUGGAAGCACGUGGUGAAGCUGCGAGGAAACUGCAGGAUCUUGUGCAGAAACGAAUCAACUACUUACAAAAUCCUAAAGACUGCCGCUCCAAUCGUAAACUGGUUUGCGCAAUCCAUAAGAAAUGUGGGUUUGGUUGUCAACUCCACCACUUAAGCUAUUGUAUGAUGACAGCAUAUGGUACAGGGCGUACUAUGAUAUUGGUAUCAAAGCUGUGGUUAUAUAACCCUGGUGGAUGGGAAGAGAUAUUUGAACCGCUAAGCGCAACUUGCACGCAAACUUUCAAUUUCAAACCUCAAGUGUGGAGAGGUGAGCUCGAAUCAGCGAACGAACUUGAAGUGAUGCUUCCCGCUGUUGAUCAAUUACCAAAAGCUCCAAGGUUUGCUCCUCUUGGCAUCCCGGAGGACCUUGCUGAUGAAUUGGAUCAGUUCCAUGGAAGCCCAGGGGUCUGGUGGGUUGGUCAGUUCAUUAAAUACAUCUUCCGACCUCGGCCGUGGCUUCGUAAGGAAUUGGAUGGUUAUGAAGUGACUGUUGAUUAUUCAACGCCUAUAGUCGGCGUUCAUGUUCGGCGUACAGACAAGAUUGGUAAAGAAGCUUCAUUUCACGCGAUUGAUGAAUACAUGAAACACGUGGAUGAUUGGUUUGAUAGAUACGAUCAACAACGAAACUCACAACAGCAGGAACCAACCCGAAGAAGGGUCUAUCUCGCUACUGACGACCCAACGCUGUUACCAAUAGCUAAAGCAAAGUUCCCACAUUAUACGUUUGUGAGUUUCGUUCAUUUCUCGAGAACCGCAGGUUCGUUGUUUCAUCGUUAUUCAACUGACAGCUUGAGAGGGGUCAUUGCUGAUAUACAUUUGCUAUCAAAAUGCAAUUACCUUGUGUGUACGUUUUCCUCACAGGUUUGUCGCGUUGCUUACGAACUAAUGCAAACCUUACAUCCUGAUGCUUCAAACUACUUCCAUUCGCUUGAUGACGUUUAUUAUUACGGUGGCCAAACCGCUCAUGAACAAACAGCUGUGUUAGAUCAUGACCCAAAACCUGGGAGCCAGGAGAUUGAACUGAGGGUUGGAGAUGUGGUUGGUAUUGCUGGCAAUCACUGGGAUGGAUUUUCUAAAGGGACGAACAGACGCACUAAACAAACAGGGCUAUAUCCUUCAUAUAAAACUAAAGAGAUAUUUCCAUUAGUGAAGUACCCAACCUACCCACAAGCUAACGGUGGCACUUAACAUACAUUUAACUUGCAACAAGCAUAAUGUUGCAAUGAGUUUAAAUUAUCCAGAAUCUGGAUCCAGCGUUGUUAGGUCUGUGAGAGACAUCAGAAUAAUGCUUGAAAUUGCUCUUCUGGUUAAAAUGUAACUAACCAAGUAUCCCAGUAUAGCAGCGGCAGAAUGUAAGAAUAAUUUUAUAAAUUUCAGUUUUUGUGGCAAACUUUUUAUUCAAGCAGUUUCAAUGAAAUGCUGUAACGAGUGAUCACGUCGCACUUCAUAUU